ACCAAAAAGAGCAAGAAGAAAGCGUGAAGCCUGAGGAUCAGCGUCUGCAGCGCGUUCACAGCUGCCGUGUUGCAAAUAUUCGCAAGAUGUCAGAUGAAAUCGCCACGAAGAAGACUAGAGCUAACGUCACGGGGAAAAAGCGCGCUCACCGGUCUGCUUUCGGCGACUUUUUCUGGCGUGAUGAACUCGAGCGUGUCUACCUUGACAAGAAUGGCAACCUCCCAUUGUUCCGCCCCGCAUCAGCUGCACUUUCAGAUGAGGGAAUUGACCGGCUGCACUUGACCGUUCGCGACACACUGCGUACCAGCGGAAUCCGAACAUUUGAGAUAUCAAACGAGGCGGAGAAGGUCGUUUUGGUUGACGAGGUUAUGCAGGCCGUUGUUCGCGAAUGCGACGCUGCCGACAACGUGGAAUUUCGACGCGAGGUAUCUUUCAAGUCCGAGGUUCUUAACUCAUUCGGCCGUGUUGAUCGCCUCGUUACUAAGAGAGGCCACAAGAUUAUGGUGAUUAAAUGCAAGAAGGAUAACUUCGACAAGGGUACGGCGCAGAUGGUGAUUGGAACAGAGGCGAUGUUGAUCGAGAACCUCGAGAGAGAUCCAAAAUUCCAAGAACCAGUCUACGGUAUCGUGUCUAAUUUCUUGGCAUGGCAUUUCAUGGAGUUGACAGUACGCGGGGCAAAAUUUCACAAAGUUCAUAUCAACGAAGAAGACGUGGAUGGAGGGCUUCGUCGUGUUACUGGUUCGCUAUUCUCAAUACUUAGUGGUCUUCCGACUGAAGCGGCAGAGCCGUACAUAACAUCCUAA